AUGCCAGGUACCGUGCACCAUCAUGCAGAUACAUCUCUCUUUCGCCAUCCAGCCAUGGUCCGUCAAACGACACGUGAUGCCUUCAUGGCAAAGACGUCUGUCAAGGCCAGGCUGCUUGCAGAGGACAGGACAACUUCGACACGUCUCGAGCCUGUGUACAUUGGCAUCGCCGUCGCUGAGGGGCUGAGAAAUGCAAUGGACGUUGCGUUUGUUAUCCACGACGGCACCUAUUCGAUGGAUUUUGAAACGACGACUAUCGGUGGCGGUUCAGCCCAGGAGCGCGCCGAGUACCUGGCCGACGACAUCAUCGCCAAGAUCACCCACUACCGUGAUGAGCACUUUUACAAGUUUGUCGGUGCUGGCCUGACGACCAAGGCUGUUGAAGUGUGCCCUCAACUGCCGACUCGUCUGUGGCUCGAGCUGGACAUUGUACCUCUUGUGUUGGACCCUAGCUCAGGAAAGGACAACACUGGCACUCCCGACGAGCCCAUGUACAACCUGGUGGACGAAGAAGCAGAUGCUGUCGUGAGGAAGGCUCUUGGGUACUUUGGCAAGGCCAACCAGCCCCGCCUAACAGUCGUUCACCGCAACCGAGUUGGCGUCGACAGCGACGGCGCCGCCGUCAUUGCAGACGAGUCCAGCUACCAAAAGAGCGUCCACUCCAACACAUACGCAGCUACCAUGUUCUACGCGGACAGCCUCAAGAAGAACGGCACCAAGAUUGCCUUUUUCAACAGUACCCCGCAGGGCGGUGGUGUUGCUCUGAUGAGACACGCUCUGAUCCGUUUCCUACGACUGAUUGACAUUGACUGCAAGUGGUACGUCCCCAAGCCCAAGCCCGCCGUCUUCCGCAUCACCAAGAACAACCACAACAUUCUCCAGGGCGUGGAAGAAACCGGCCUUCGCCUGGAGCAAAAGUCAAUCGACAUGCUCGAAGAGUGGGCCAGGCAAAACGCCGACCGCUAUUGGAUCGCCCGAGGUGGUCCUCUUGCUCCCCGUAGUGAGGGCGGUGCUGAUGUCAUCAUUGUCGACGAUCCGCAGAUGCCCUCGCUUGUCAGGAUCGCCAAAGAGCAGGAUCCCACACGCCCUGUCAUCUUCAGGAGCCACAUCCAGGUACGUGCUAGUCUGGCUGACCAGCAAGACACGCCAACCGCCGGCGUAUGGAACUGGGUAUGGGGCAACGUCAAGCAGUGUGAUGUCUUCAUCAGCCACCCUGUUCGCGAGUUUGUCCCCGAGAACGUCACGAUUGAAAAGGUCGGCUACCUGCCCGCCACGACAGAUUGGCUCGAUGGCUUGAACAAGCAGCUGGACAGCUGGGACACGCAGUACUACAUGCAUGCGUUUGAGAUGUCGUGCGUGGACAAGGGCGCCAACAAGCUUGCCUUCCCGGACCGUCAGUACAUUACUCAAAUCGCCCGUUUCGAUCCAGCAAAGGGCAUCCCAGACGUCCUUGCUUCGUACGCCAUCCUGCGACGCAAAUACAUGAAAGACAGGCCCCUUGCCGAAGUUCCUCAGCUGGUCAUCGCCGGCCACGGCGCCAUUGACGAUCCCGAUGCAACAAUCAUCUUCGACCAGACGGAAAAGGCUCUGAACGACAAGUACGCCGACAUCAAGGGCGACAUCGUCGUCAUGCGCGUCGGCCCCACCGACCAGAUCCUCAACAUCCUCAUGUCCAACGCAAGAGUCGCCCUCCAACUCUCGACCCGCGAAGGCUUCGAAGUUAAAGUCUCCGAGGCCCUGCACCACGGCGUGCCCAUCAUCGCCACCCGCCGCGGCGGCAUCCCCCUGCAGGUCGAGCACGGCAAAUCCGGCUUUCUUGUCGACGUCGGCGAGCACGACUCGGUGGCCAACUACCUCAACCACCUCUUCACCGACGAGGACGCCUAUGUCGCCAUGGCCAACUACGCUGCCAAUCACGUCAGUGACGAAGUGAGCACUGUCGGCAACGCGCUGAGCUGGCUGUACCUCGCCGAUGAGCUUGCCAACGGCAAAAAGAAGGUGCAGCCCAACUCUCGCUGGAUCAACGACAUGGCGAGGGAGAAGGCGGGGUUCCCGUACCAGGCUGGCAAGGAGACGACACUCAAGCCGCGCGCAAAAUUCUCCACGCCCGCUCGCGGACGCUGGACCGACACCAUCGCCCCAGACCGUGUCGGCAGAAUAGCACCUUGA